UCGGCGCCGCCCGCUCGCCGUCUCCCGCCGCCCGCCGCCGCCGCAGCCGCCAUGCUGCUCGUCCUGGCGCUCGCCGCCGCAUGCGCAGAAGUAUACGGAGACAGCUCUAUCAGUUCAUACAAACAAAAGGAUAGAAUCCUCCGAGCAAUAGGCACUCCGGACCUUCCCCACAGCUGCCUGUACGAAGGGCGCUGGUUCACCGACGGCUCCGUGGUGACCACGCACGAGGCCUGCCUGCGGUGCGUGUGCGCGCGAGGAGCGCUCGCGUGCCGUCGCCGCGCCUGCGCAGUUCUGCCGGACCCUCCGCCCAAGAGAUGUCACGUGCUGCAUAGGAGGGGCGCGUGCUGUCCAGAGCUGCACUGCCCUAAUAGUGUGACGUUGAUGGAACAUGGUGCUUCAGCUAGAUUUGAAAACGAUGAUUUCUCCGACAUUGCUACACCCGCUUCCACAGCUCAUGCGUGCGUGGAGGGGGGGACGGUGUACUCGGCGGGGUCUGCCAUGGAGUCCACGACGGCCUGCGAGCAGUGCUUCUGCCUGGGGGGAGCCAGGAGGUGCGUGAGGCCAAGAUGUCUGCCGCCGCCGCCAGGGUGCCGCGCGAGGCCAUCAGCUGGAGCCUGCUGCCCGCAGCGCUACUACUGUGACCAUGUCAGCACGAAACCACCAGAACGGAAGCAUUUACAUGACUGUGAAAUAAAAGGAAAUUGGGUAUCGGAAGGCGAGCGAGUGGUAUCAGCAGAAGAGAGCGGAAACUGCACCCGAUGUUUCUGUCUGCGAGGGGCGGUGUUAUGCCAGCCGCUGGCGUGUGCGCCGCCCUUGUUGGGCUGCAAGCCGUUGCUGAGACCUGGUCAAUGCUGUCCCCAUCAAUACCACUGUGAUCACACCCAGCAAGAUAUUGCAACACCCCACUUACAUCUUCUAUCAGAUAAUGCUUUAAUAACAACAAGGAGUAACGAUCGAUCAAUUCAUCCCUCAAAACAUACCGAAGUUGAAACUACUACCAAAGCUGUCACGACAACAACAAAUACUACUAAGGAAUUUCCAACGACUGUAAAAGAAGACACGAAAACCAGUCCAAUACCUACAACAAAAGUAAAGAGGAAGACAAAUGAGCCACCACCAGCUACUUCUAAUAAUAAGCAAGUAAAUAAUGUUACUACUACAACCAAAAGUGUGAAAUUGACAACGCGAAACCCGCCAUCCACAAUACCAUUAACCACUCUUGUAGAAGACAUAACAACAGAAGAACCGACAGAAAAACCUUCAAUGGAGCAAGCAGAAGGAACAGUAAAGAUCAUGAUAAACGGUACAAUCAAUUGUACAGCUGAACUGUCAUCGACAUCAAUACCUUUGAAUAUUUCAGCAAACGAUACAGAGAAAAUUAUGAAGGAAUCUAUGCCUCGGAUUCCAGAUAUCGAAAGAAUGGAUGUGGAAGCCCAGACUACAUAUCCCAAUGAUAUAAUCACAGAUAGAAAUGCCGCCGGUGGAUUUGAUGAAAAUGAAUCAUUUGUCAUAAAUGUCACGAGUUCAUUAAGAACAAACACAAGUUUAACCACUUUAAGACCCGUUGUGUCAACCUUUUCUAAAAUUUCAAUUCCUGAAUUAUUAUCAGAGACAAAUAAUUCUAAGAAAACGAAAGGUGAUUACGAUUACGACUAUACCGAACCUACAUUACCACCAUCACUUCCUAAUCUUAAAAUAAUUCCAUUUGUAGCAGCAGACGCAGUAGUUGAUGAUGAUGUCUCAUCGAAAGAUUCAAUACCAUUUCCGAUCUUAGAAAGAGAAGAUAAAUUUCCAGUGUAUUAUCCUUCCGUUGAAUCUAAAGGGCCAACUUAUGCAAAUCGAAGGGCAGAUAAAUAUCCACCAACCCAGUACCCUGUAUUUGUUUCUGAGAAAAUGGAUUCGUAUCCAACAUCGUCUCUGGAUAUAGAUUUAUCUAAUUCUGCUUAUCCUACUGGUCAUGAUUUGCUAACAUCACUGCAAGAUUAUGCAGUUUCAACAUCCAUAGAAAAGCACAAUUUGGAUAUCAACAAUUUAAAAAAAGUAACAACCAAACCAAUUUCGAGUACUACCUUCGCAAUCAAAACUCCUGCUGUGAAUCUAUUUUCACCGCCAGUUGAGACUGAAGGUGGUUUUGUUCCAAAAGGUCCAGGCAUAAUAGAUGAGUACUACGCAGUAUACCCAAGCACUAAAACCCCUCCUUCAUUGCCACAUCUCACUACGUCUAUGCAGUUGGAUAUUACUAAAGAACAUGAAUGUGUAACCGGCGACGGCCGUCACAUCCCUGAGGGUGAUUCCGUCAAUUUGGCAUGUUCAAUUUGCACAUGUGCAUGGAGUGAGCUCCACUGCUCCCCACGACCUUGUCCAACGUCACCGGGCUGUAAGAGAAAGCCCGCCAGCAUCAGUUCCGUGGAUUUGUGCUGCGGAGAACUUGUUUGUGACAAAGACAACACAACAACGCCGCAAGUUUCUACGACUACGGAAAAGCUUAACAUAUCUUCAGCAUUUCCUGAAAACAAUAGUGAUGUCCAGAAAAAUAUAGCUCUAAAUAACAAGAUUGAACUAAUCAACAAUACCGUAAAAAGUAUUGAUAAGAAAACAACUGUUAAUAAUACGCAAGAUAAUGUUACUAUUAAAAAUAUCACAAAUAUUGAAGAAUUUGCUAAAGUUACAAACGUUACUGAAAAGUCACCCACUCUUUCUACGACAUCAAAAGUAGUCUUAACGACUAUGAAACCUACGCAGGCGGAAGUUAAUGAAACAAAAAAUUACUCUCAGGAAUAUGAGGAAGAGGAGGAAGAUGAAGGAUAUUUUUUCGGAAACGUCUUGAAGUAUAUACUUAGCGAUAACUACGAUACUACGAUUGCACCAUAUAAGAAGAAAGCUUCUACUCUGGUUACCAAAACACCUGAUAUAACAAAGCCAACAACUCCUUUCAUAACAACGACUACCAAGAAAUUAUCACCGAAACCAACGAUAGCCCCAUUCGUUCCCAUGCCUCAUCACCACAUCCCAUAUGCACCACCAAAGAAAACGUUUCAACCGAACACAGUAAAUCGAAUUGACCAUUUAGUUCUCGGAGAAGCGACAGCGAUCAAACGAACCACUCCACGGCCAAUAACAACGUCCUUAAAACCGAAGAUCAGCUCUUAUAAGCCAUUUAACCUAAGCAGAGUGACAACACAAAGACCUAUUGUCACAACGAGAUUUACAGAAAGUACGAAAAAAGAAGAACCAGCUGUUCAAUAUACACCAGCUAUUGUUUCUAAACAGCCUCCUAGCGGAGUUCCCGGGUUAGGUCCCGGCCUUUUAAAACUGGCCGGUUGCAAUAUUUACGGCAGAAUGUACAGAGUUGGAAGAAUUAUAGCUGAGUUGUCUACUCCAUGCCAAGAGUGCUGGUGUUCGGAGAUCGGCGUGCAGUGCAAGCAGCUGGCGUGCUGAGAAUAAAAGACUUCAAUUUCGCCAGUACCUAGCCAAAUUAAUUUCAUGCUGUAUCCA